AUGUCCUGGCAAACGUACGUCGAUAGCAGCCUGGUUGGCAGCGGCCACAUCGACAAGGCCAGUAUCGUCAGCAUCGCUGGUGACAGCACCUGGGCCACGACUCCCGGUUUUGCGGUCGGUGCCGAUGAGCUCCAGAAGGUCAUCAUCCCCAUCCUCAAUGAGGAUGAGAAAGUACGUGACAAGGCCUACGGCGAUGGCCUCUACGUCGCCGGCGAGCGUUACGUUCUGACGAAAGUUGACGGGCGCUCCAUCUACGCCCGCCAGGGCAAGGACGGAGUCUGCAUCGCGAAGACGAAACAAGCCAUCAUCAUCGGCCACCACGGCGAAACUAUCCAAGCCGGCAACGCGACCCAGACGGUUGAAGCACUCGCGGACUACCUGAUCGGCCAAGGCUACUGA